AUGAGUUUUACAUUAACUGAAAAACUGGGCACACGUCAUCAACCAGUUGGUGCUCAGACAGUUUUUCAACAUUCAGAAUUAAUGAAUGUAGCAUCUAAUGCAGUACCUGAUCGAAUAUUUAAAGUAGCUUUUAUAGGUGAUAGUGGAGUUGGAAAAACAAGUUUUAUUCAACGAUUUUGUAAGGAUCAUUUUACAGAAGCUUUUUCAGCAACACUUGGUAUUGAUCUACAAGUUAAAAUGCUCAAUAUAGAUAAUCGUAUUAUAGCAUUACAACUAUGGGAUACUGCUGGCCAAGAAAGAUUUCGAAGUAUUACUAAACAAUAUCUACGUAAAUCUGAUGGAAUUAUUCUUGUUUAUGAUGUUACAUCUGAAAUAACAUUUCAAAAUGUUCGUUCAUGGAUAACAUGCACUCAAGAAUUAACUGAUGAAGAUUGUAUUAUAGUUCUUGUUGGUAAUAAGACUGAUUUAUGUAAUGAUGAUGAACGAAGACCUGUUAAAUAUAAAGAUGGAGCAAAAUUAGCUGAUGAAUAUCGAUGUUUAUUCUUUGAAAGUAGUGCUCGAUUAGGUACAUCAGUUAUUGAAAUAAUGGAAGCAAUUGCUCGAUUAAUGCAAGAGAAAGAUGAUCGAUUACGUAAAGGUGAAAAUAUUAUUAAUUUAUCAUCAAAAACAAAAAAAAGUGGUUGCUGUUAA